AUGACAACAAGAACAACAAGAACGGACAACCUACCCAAGUUACAGUUACCAACGUUUGAAGGUAACAUUCUGAAAUGGUCCACGAUCAUUGACGCCUUUAGGUCGUCCGUAGAUAAUGACUCUAGUCUGGAAAACAUCCAAAAAUUCCAGUACUUGAUGACACAACUAAGUGGUGAAGCAGCAAGAACUGUCGAAGGUCUGCAGUUAACCAACGCAAACUACUCAGAAGCACUGACACUCUUAGAACAAAGCUACAUGAAGGCAUUAUGGGAGCUACAACCACCCGAUAAUUCUUUAUCUAGUAUGACCAAUUUUUACGACAAUCUAGAAACCUACAUUCGUGGAUUGCGAUCUCUUGGUAAAAAGGAGGAUUCCUAUGGCGAUUUACUUGUUCCGAUUAUUUUCGAGAAGUUGCCUGCAAAUACAAGAACCCAGAUUUCACGCGAACAUGGUAAUAACGCCUGGUCGAUAACAGAAUUGAAGAAAGCCAUACACAGAGAAAUCCAAGCUAGACAAGCGGGUAAUCCAAUAGAACAGUUCAAUGAACAACACGCCACUGAAAGAUAUUCACCCUCUACAACAUAUUUUCAUGUUGGAUACAAGUCAAACAGAUCUUCCGAUUUCAAGCCUAGACCCAUGAAAUGUGCAUACUGCAAAGCCGCCCACUCAGCAAAUGCUUGUGAAGUCAUAAUUGGACCUGAUAAACGUAUGGCUAUAGUGAAAAGAGACAGAUUGUGCUUUAAUUGCUUAGGACACCAUCUAAAGUCUAAAUAUCGCUGUAAAUUCUGUCACGGGAAACACCACUCUACGCUCUGCGACAAUGCUAAGAAGACACCCGUGAAAUCACAAACUUUCG